ACUUCCACCAAAGCUGUGUGUCCUAUCUUUAGGGAGAUCGAACAGGACUCUGAGAAUGGAUACACAGUAGAGUCCCAUGCUGCACUUUUUCCUGUAGAUUUAUGGAACCACUUCCACUGGUGCUGGUAGCAAUAUAUUAUCAAAUGUCCCAACCAAGGCUCAAGAUUGACAGAUACAGAUAAACCAAACUUUAAUAUGUAGAUCGGCAGCUGUUUGGUCAGACGCACAAGCUUAUUCUUAAAGCUAUACGUUGCAGUCACUUUAUCACCCAUCCACCCUCCACCCAACAAGGAACUUUUAUCAUGGCUGCAGCAACCCCUAGUAUCUUGGAGAGUAUUUUCUUAAAGAGAUCACAGCAGAAACGUAAGACAUCUCCCCUGAACUACAAGAAAAGGCUGUUUGUGCUUACUGAGAACAAGAUCACUUACUACGAAUACGACUUUGAUAGAGGGCGCAGAGGAAGUAAGAAGGGUUCAGUAGACCUAGAAAAGAUUGGAUGUGUGGAGUGUGUCGAGCCAGAGGAAAAUCCGCCACCAGAGAGACAGAUACCGGCCAGAGAAGAGUUUGCAGAAACUGAGCAGAUAACUAUCAUUGAACGAUUCCCUUACCCAUUCCAGAUAAUAUAUGAUGAGGGACCGCUGUAUGUCUUCGCACCCACAGAAGAACUACGGAAACGUUGGAUCCACCAGCUAAAACAUGUUAUCCACUGUAAUACUGACAAGGCUCAGAAGUUUCAUCCAAGGUUCCACCAAGAUGGACAGUACCUGUGUUGUGCCCAGACUGCUAAAACUGCUUUGGGAUGCCAAGUUCUACGCGGUGCCAAUGGAAUCCUGAAGAAUGAUCCUUCACGUCGUAGAUCCCGAAAGCCACUUCCAGCAGCACCAUCUGAUGUAACGGUAAAGGCUGAAAAACCACUCCCACCUGCUCCAACAGAUGUUGCACCUUCUUUAGGAACCCACAAAAUAGUAGCAAUGUAUGAUUUCACACCAAUGAAUGCUCAGGACCUGCCAUUACACAAAGGAGAACAGUAUCUGUUAUUGGAUGAAGGCAGCGGCCAGCCUUGGCUAAGAGCUAGAGACAAAAAUGGACAUGAGGGAUAUAUUCCUGGCAAUUAUGUGACAGAGGCCCAGGAUCCACUGGAAAUAUAUGAAUGGUAUUCAAAAAAUAUGACUAGGAGCCAGGCGGAGCAACUGCUAAAAGCUGAGGACAAAGAAGGUGGCUUCAUUGUUAGGGAUUCCAGCAAAGCCGGAAAAUAUACUGUAUCUGUGUAUGCUAAGCCAUCAGGGGAAGGAAUAAUACGUCAUUAUGUUGUGUGUGAGACGAGUGGAAAUCAGUAUUACUUGGCAGAGAAGCAUCUUUAUUCCUCUAUCCCAGAACUGAUUACAUACCACCAGCACAAUGCAGCCGGUUUGAUAUCAAGACUUAAGUAUCCAGUAUCUUCUGUUAGGAAAAGCACUCCAUCCACUGCUGGCCUUGGCUAUGGUUCAUGGGAGAUUGAUCCUAUGGAUCUGACUUUUUUGAAGGAGUUAGGAAAUGGACAGUUUGGAGUGGUAAAGUAUGGGAAAUGGAGAGGACAACAUGAGGUAGCCAUUAAGAUGGUAAAAGAGGGCUCCAUGUCCGAGGAUGCCUUCAUAGAAGAAGCAAAGUGCAUGAUGAAGCUAUCACAUCAUAAUCUAGUUCAGUUAUAUGGAGUCUGCACAAAAAAACGUCCAAUUUUCAUAAUUACUGAGUAUCUCUCUAAUGGCUGCCUCCUGUCCUACCUGAAAGAAGUCCGUACACGUGUGAACCAGGGAGAUCUGCUGUCCAUGUGUAGUGAUGUUUCUGCUGCCAUGAGUUAUCUUGAGUCAAAGCAAUUUCUACACCGUGAUCUGGCUGCCAGGAACUGUUUAGUUGCUGAAGACGGGACAGUCAAAGUUUCAGAUUUUGGCCUUUCAAGGUAUGUUAUGGACGAUGAAUAUACUAGCUCACUGGGCUCAAAGUUCCCCGUCAGAUGGUCUCCUCCUGAAGUUCUUCUCUAUAGCAAGUUCAGCAGUAAAUCAGAUGUCUGGGCAUUUGGUGUCCUGAUGUGGGAAGUGUUCACAUUUGGAAAAAUGCCAUAUGAAAGAUUUAAUAACAGUGACAUUGUAACUGAGAUAAUGAAGGGAGUCCGCCUGUAUAGACCUCAACAAGCAACAGAAAAGGUGUACAAUGUGAUGCUUAGCUGUUGGGAAGAGAAAGCGGAUGACAGACCGGCCUUCCGAACCCUGCAAGGUGCAAUUUUAGAGCUGAUGGAGGAAUUGUAAAGAAGGAGAAUAGAGCAUGUGCACAAAAGUGGAUCUGAAGAGCAGACUUCAAUUUAAGAAUGUGGAAGAUAAUUUAACUUAACAAAAUUAAGACACAUAUAUGUUCAUAUAGAUUUACAAUGCAGUGGCUUUCGGCAACUUCAUAGAUACAUACAAUGAAUCCAAGCUUUCUAAGUAUUGUGAUAGGUUUACUUAUACCCCAUUCACACCGCAUAUCGCGGGUCGCACCCAGGAGCCGUACAAGGGUGCUUCCCGGGUGUGACCCGCCUUGGCCCCUUUCACAGUGGCGUCCCCAGUCCGGCAUAUUGAUGCGUGCGGAGAUGAUCUCCAAGCGCCGCCCGUCCAUACAGUGUGAACGGGAAAUGGGUCGCAUCGACCCAGGCAACCCAUUCACACCACACAACGACCCGAUUGAAGCCGUAUUCAACCCUGGUCGAUGCCUGGUUGUGAGUCAGAUGCAGAAUGACGCCCUGAAAACGCUUGGGAACGCCUGAGUUUUUCCAGACACUCACAGAAAACGGUCAGUUACCACCCACAAACGUCCUCUUCCUGUCAAUCACUUUGCGAACAUCCGUGCAAUCAAAAUGUUCGCACCAUCCUGUCGCUGUUUGGCGAUGUACGUGCCCAUUGCGGUGCAUAAGCAUGCGCAGUAGUUCGAUAAUCACCCGCACAGCAGUGAUCAGUUCUGAAUCAGGCCCACAGAUCUGAGUGGUUAGCUAAUCAUGUUUUAUGCUUUGUACAGAGGGGAGAUUUACUAGGGGCCAUGGCUUAUUGAUUCAUUGUUAUUAUCCUUUAUUUAUAUAGCAUUAGCAUAUUACAAAGUGAAUUUCAGGGAGUA